GGCGACUGCUGGCCCAUCCAAAUCACCCAUGAACAGCCAAGGAGAUCGCACUGGAACCAUCCAAAGACCAGACGACUAUGUCUACUUUGAACGGUCGACAGCCAAGUUCAGCUCAGAUGCCGUGGCGCGUGCAACGGCUGCAAAGCUGAAGCUUGAGUCGUACUACAAGAUGGCAGUCGACUCUGCUAUUGAAAGAAAUGCAAGGCGAAUCGAGAUGGAGACGAGACUCACGCAAUUGCAUACUCAAGAUGCGAAGGAUAGAGAAAUUCGAAAAUACUCCAAGACUGAGUCGCAGCAUCUGAGGCUCAGGAGAACGAAGAUCAAGCUGUCAGACUUCAAGACUGUCAAGGUCAUCGGGAAGGGUGCCUUUGGUGAGGUACGCCUGGUCCAGAAAGUCGACACCGGAAAGGUCUACGCAAUGAAGAGCUUGCAGAAGGCCGAGAUGUUAAAGCGGGAUCAGUUGGCCCACGUGCGGGCAGAACGCGAUGUUCUGGCAGAGUCCACCUCACCAUGGGUCGUUCAGCUCUUCUACUCCUUCCAAGACCCGCUAUACCUCUAUCUCAUCAUGGAGUUCCUUCCUGGAGGCGAUCUAAUGACCAUGUUGAUGAAAUACGACGUGUUCUCGGAAGACGUCACCCGAUUCUACAUGGCUGAAUGUAUCCUGGCGAUCGAAGCGGUCCACAACUUGGGGUACAUUCAUCGGGACAUCAAGCCGGACAAUGUGUUGAUUGACCGGAAUGGUCACUUGAAGUUGUCGGAUUUCGGUCUCUCCACUGGACUCCACAAGGCCACCGACGGAGAAAUCUACAAACGGUAUCUGGAACAAGAGAAGACCAAGGACAAUUCGCGGAACAGUGUUCAAGUCAACCCCAUUAACCUUACCAUGAGCCGUGAACAGAUCGCGACCUGGAAGGCUAAUCGACGGAAGUUGGCGUAUUCGACGGUCGGAACUCCCGACUAUAUUGCUCCGGAAGUGUUCAUGAUGAAGGGCUACGGAAAGGAGUGCGACUGGUGGUCACUGGGUGCCAUUUUCUUCGAAUGCUUGGUUGGCUAUGCGCCCUUCUGCUCGGACAACCCGGGGGAUACGUACAAGAAGAUCAUCGACUGGCCACGUUACCUCAUCUUCCCAGAAGAGGUAUACAUCUCCAAGGAGGGGGAGGACCUUAUUAGAGGGUAUGUUCGCCUUAUAUAUUACCUUUUGGGACAUCUGAAUCUUACGCUAUUCGUCCUCAGCAUGAUGAAUUGGGCAGACAAGCGACUGACUGUGGAACAGAUCAAGAACCACCCCUGGUUCUUCGGCGCCGAUUGGAACUCCCUCCGCUACAUCGAACCACCAUUUGUUCCCCGUCUUAGCUCGAUAACGGAUACCUCAUAUUUCCCUACCGACGAUCUUGGCAAUGUGUCCAACCAGUUGGACCAAGUGGAGAGCGUCAGUGCGGAGAAGGACCUUGCUUUCCUCGGAUUCACAUUCAAACGGUUUACGGGUGGGCCUGGAGCCUCUGGUUAA